AUCCUACGGACUGCCUUGAUAUUAUGGACAAAGGACAAAGACUAUCUGGUAUCUAUAGGAUCCAUCCGUUGAACAACUCCAUAUAUAAAGAAGUUCUCUGUGAUAUGCAUACCAUGGGAGGCGGAUGGACGGUUUUUCAAAAGCGGCUUGAUGGAUCUGUGUCUUUCUCCAGGGAUUGGACGGAAUAUCAACGUGGUUUUGGGAACGUGUCUACUGAAUAUUGGUUAGGCAAUGAUGCAAUGCAUGCAUUAACUGUCAACUUAUCUUCCCUUUAUGUAAAAUUACGACAUACAAAUGGAAGCCAUUACUUCCAGUAUUACUCUGACUUCCGGAUCAGUGGCGCUGAUGAUGACUAUAGAUUACAUCUGGGAUCUUACUCCAACGGGACAGCAGGAGAGCAGUUAAGCUAUAACAAUGACCAAACAUUCAAGACCCCGGAUCACUCUCCCCCAAUACGAUGUUUCCGUUCCAUACAGACGGUGGAUGGUGGUUCGAUGACUGUCAUUGGGCCUAUUUAA